AUGCUGGGCUGGAUGGAGCCUCCCUGGUCUGAUCCAGCAGGUUCUGAUGCUAACGUCCUACAAAUGGAAAUCAGGCCUAUUCCUAAAACCACACACCCGAGCAACGGGGUGCCUCUUGGCUUGCUUUCCCUUUCCGUCAAGCCAACCAUCUCAUCUACCCCCGCUCCGCCUCGGCCAAACGGCGGAGGAGGAGGGACGGAGGGAGGGCGGCCGGGUCCCGGGGGCGGGGGCCGGGGCUGGGCGGUCUCCCGCCCCCGGGGCGUCGCGGCGGCCCCUCCUCCGGCCCCCGCCCCUCUUCCCGGGCCUGGCGCGGCGGCCGCAGAGGCGCUCCGGCCCCUCCUCGCCGCUGGCCGCCCCUGUCCGGCGCGCCGCAGCCCGCUGGGUCGCGCGGCGGGGGCCGGGCGGCCGGGCACGGGCACGGGCAGCCCUCGGGGCCGGGCAGGAGCGGCGCCCGGCUGGGGCGGCGGCGCUGCUGAGCGGCAGGGGCGGCGGGCGAUGGCUUGCGGCGGGGCGGCUCUUGCUGCGGCCGUCCCGGCGCCGCCGCCGUGGUACCACAAGGACCUGAGCCGGGCGGCGGCCGAGGAGCUGCUGGCCCGGGCCGGACGCGACGGCAGCUUCCUGGUGCGCGACAGCGAGAGCGUGGCCGGAGCCUUCGCCCUCUGCCUCCUAUUCCAGAAACACGUCCACACCUAUCGGAUUUUGCCAGACGAAGAGGAUUUUCUGGCCGUUCAGACAUCUCAGGGGGUCCAGGUGAGGCGCUUCAAGACCCUGAGCGACCUCAUUGCCUUGUACCUGCAGCCGAACCAGGGCCUCGUCUGCACCCUCCUCUUCCCUGUGGAGCGGGAGAAGGAGAAGGAGUACGUGGAAGACAGGGACUACUCAGAUGGGGAAGAUGAGAAACCCCCGCUGCCGCCCCGCUGUGGAUCCACCAGCAUUCCUUUUUUCACCGCCACCCCAAGCAUUGCUAGCAACACCCCUGCCGUGCAGGACGGAGUCCUUGAAAGCACCACCAAUGGUCUCAGCACCGUUUCCCACGAGUACCUGAAAGGCAGCUACUCCCUGGAUCUGGAGGCAGUCAAAGCCGGAGCCAGCAGCCUGCCCCACCUCAACAAGACCCUCGUGGCCUCCUGCAAACGGCUGCACAGUGAGGUGGACAAGGUCUUGUCUGGCUUGGAGAUCCUUUCCAAGGUGUUCGACCAGCAGAGCUCUCCCAUGGUCUCCCGGAUCUUGCAGCAGAGCGCUGGACAGACGGGGGAGCAGGAACUGGAGAGCCUCAUCCUGAAGCUGUCCGUCUUGAAGGACCUCCUGUCCAGCAUCGAGAAGAAGGCCCUGAAAGCUCUCCAGGAUAUGAGUUCCACAGCCCAGCUGGGACUCGGCCAACCUUCUUCCCGCAAAGCGAAGAGCAUUCCAGUGCAGGCCUUCGAGGUGAAGCUGGACCUGACGUUGGGCGACCUCACCAAGAUCGGGAAGUCCCAAAAAUACACCUUGAGUGUCGAUGUGGAGGGUGGGAAGCUGGUGGUGCUGAAGAAGCAGAAGGACUCUCAGGAGGACUGGAACACCUUCACCCACGAGAAGAUCCGCCAGCUGAUAAAGUCCCAGCGGGUACAGAAUAAACUGGGGAUCGUCUUCGAGAAGGAGAAGGACAAGACCCAACGGAAGGAUUUCAUCUUUGUCAGCGCCAGGAAGCGAGAGGCCUUCUGCCAGCUCCUGCAGCUGAUGAAGAACAGACAUUCCAACCAGGAUGAGCCAGACAUGAUUUCUGUCUUCAUUGGUACAUGGAACAUGGGCAGCGUGCCCCCACCCAAGAACAUCACUUCGUGGUUUGCCUCGAAGGGCCUCGGCAAGACGCUGGACGAAAUGACCGUCACCAUCCCCCACGACAUCUACGUGUUCGGCUCCCAGGAGAACUCCAUGGGGGACAAAGAGUGGGUGGAUUUCCUGCGAGGCGUCCUGAAGGACUUCACGGAGAUGGAGUACCGGCCGAUCGCCAUGCAGUCCCUGUGGAACAUUAAAAUUGCUGUCCUGGUAAAACCGGAGCAUGAGAACCGGAUCAGCCAUGUCAGCACCUCAAGUGUGAAAACUGGGAUUGCUAACACUCUGGGCAACAAGGGAGCAGUGGGGGUCUCCUUCAUGUUCAACGGCACCUCCUUUGGCUUUGUCAACUGCCACCUCACCUCGGGCAAUGAGAAAACCGCCAGGAGGAACCAGAAUUACCUGGACAUCCUGCGCCUCCUUUCCCUGGGCGACAAGCAGCUCAGCUCCUUCGACAUCUCCCUGCGCUUCACCCACCUCUUCUGGUUCGGGGACCUUAACUACCGUCUCGACAUGGACAUUCAGGAAAUCCUCAACUACAUCAACCGGAAGGAGUUCGAACCUCUCCUGAAGGUGGACCAGCUCAAUCUGGAGAAGGAGAAACACAAGAUCUUCUUGCGAUUCAGUGAGGAGGAGAUCACCUUCCCUCCCACGUACCGCUACGAGAGGGGGUCCCGUGACACCUACGUGUGGCACAAACAGAAGCCCACUGGGGUGAGAACCAAUGUCCCUUCGUGGUGUGACCGCAUCCUCUGGAAGUCGCACCCAGAGACCCACAUCAAUUGCAACUCCUACGGGUGCACGGAUGAUAUCGUGAGCAGUGACCACUCCCCUGUCUUCGCGGCAUUUGAAGUUGGAGUGACGUCCCAGUUUGUUUCCAAGAAAGGUCUCUCCAAAUCUUCGGACCAGGCGUACAUCGAGUUCGAGAGUGUCGAGGCCAUUGUGAAGACAGCGAGCAGGACCAAAUUCUUCAUCGAGUUCUACUCCACAUGUCUAGAAGAAUUUAAGAAGAGUUUUGAGAACGAUUCUCAGAGCAGCGACAAUAUCAACUUCCUUAAGGUCCAGUGGUCAUCCCGGCAGCUUCCCACGCUCAAGCCGAUCCUCUCAGACAUCGAGUACCUCCAGGAUCAGCACAUCCUCUUGACGGUCAAGUCUUUGGAUGGCUAUGAAUCCUACGGCGAGUGCGUCAUCGCCCUCAAAUCAAUGAUCGGCAGCACCGCCCAACAGUUCCUCACCUACCUGUCGCACCGAGGAGAGGAGACGGGCAACAUCCGGGGGUCCAUGAAGGUCCGGGUCCCGGCCGAGCGGAUGGGCACCCGCGAGCGCCUCUACGAAUGGAUCAGCAUCGACAAGGACGAAACUGGAGCGGCCAAAGGGAAGCUGCCGCCCCCAGCACCGCGGACCAACCCGGAGCACUCCAAAUCUUUUGGGAAAAAGCAUUCCUGUGGAGAAGCAGCAGGGGCGGCUGCUGGCCCCUCUGGGAAGCUCUUUGAUGAUCUCGAGAAGCCGGGAGCCCUGACGGCUGCCCGCCCGCCAGCUCCGCAUCGUGGGACCUCAAAAGACGAGGUCUCUCAGACCAGGGCCAAGCAAGACACCACCCUGGACCAGGAUGGGGGCCCUCUGAAGAACAGCUUCAACAACCCUGCCUACUACGUGCUGGAGGGGGUCCCGCACCAGCUGCUGGUCUCGGAGCUGCCCCCCGUGAGCCUGGCCAAGCCCUCGGCCCCCAGGAACAAAGUCCAGAUCACAGUGCCUAUUCAGCCGGAGCACCGGCGCCCCCAGCAGCCCCCCUCCCGGGCUGAGGACAGCUCCGAAGAGGAGGAGCCGGGCGUCCUCAACCUGCCGCCCCCGGACUUCCCGCCCCCACCCCUGCCAAAGUCGGUGGAGAUUGACGUGACUGAUAGUUCCUUAUACACUGCGGUGGGGGGCCGGGGGGAGGAGCCCGGGACCAGCAAGCCCCGUCCCUCCGUGGCCUUCAGCGAGCCCCUGGAGGCCAAGCCCCCCAAACUGCACCCCAGACACACCCCGCCUCUAGGGCCAGGCUUCCUGAUGGAGCCCCCCAGCGCGCCGCAAGCCCCCGGCAACCCCCUGGACGACCGCUCCUGCUCAGUGCUCCAGAUGGCCAAGACGCUCAGCGAGGUGGACUACCCCGGCGGAGGAGGAUCCGGGCUCGGGCGGGAGCAGCCCAGCCGGCCCCCCGCCCACCCCCUGACCAAAGUGCGGUUGGAUCUGCCCCACCGCUGCCUGCACCCCGACUACAGCCGCCCCAUCGCCUUCCCGCCCCGCUCCAUCCGCGAAAGCAUCGAAGAAGACUUGGCAGAAGAGGCCCUGGGCCAGGACGGGCGUAGCAGCUCCCGGCAGAGCGAGUCCAGCGUGGGGGAGUGGCUGCGGGCCAUCGGCAUGGAGAGAUACGAGGAGGGCCUCAUCCACAACGGCUGGGAUGACCUGGAGUUCCUCAGUGACAUCACCGAAGAGGACCUGGAAGAGGCCGGCGUGAUGGACCCCCUCCACAAACGUCUCCUCCUGGAGAACCUGCGGCUCAGGAAGUAA